AUGAGAAACUUCUUUGAUAAUUUUACCUAUGUAAAAUUAAGUGAAAAGUCAUGCUUCAUGGUACAACAUUCAGGCUCAGCUAUAUUUGGCAACACACCAGUACAAAGACUCAGCUGCCUGGCCAAGGACAACUCUAUUUGUGUUGUGAAUACUGGGGACAUGAAGCCAUACAAUGCCAGUGACCCUCAGUGUCCCCCUGAUGGCUGUUACCAAUACACUGAUGUGGUGUUUGAUUCUCAGGGAAAACUGGUGGCACGCUACCGUAAGUACAAUCUUUUUGCACCUGAAAUUCAAUUCGAUUUCCCCAAGGAUUCAGAACUUGUGACUUUUGACACUCCCUUUGGGAAGUUUGGCAUUUUUACUUGCUUUAACAUUUUUUCUCAUGACCCAGCUGUGGUGGUGGUGGAUGAGUUUCAAGUUGACAGCAUUCUCUACCCCACAGCAUGGUACAACACGCUGCCCCUCCUCUCGGCUGUUCCCUUCUAUUCAGCAUGGGCCAAGGCCAUGGGAGUUCAUCUACUUGCUGCAAAUACCCACAACACCAGCAUGCACAUGACAGGGAGUGGAAUCUACACCCCAGAAGCAGUCAAGGUGUACCACUAUGACAUGGAAACAGAGAGUGGUCAGCUGUUGCUAUCAGAACUGAAGUCUCAGCCUCGCCGUGAGCCCACCUACCCUGCAGCUGUUGACUGGCAUGGGUAUGCCAGCAGUGUCAAACCAUUUUCCUCUGAGCAGUCAGAUUUUCCGGGGAUGAUUUAUUUUGAUGAGUUUACCUUCACUGAGCUUAAGAGAAAUACAGGAAAUUACACAGUUUGCCAGAAAGAUCUGUGUUGUCACUUAACUUACAAGAUGUCUAAGAAGCGAGCAGAUGAGGUCUAUGCCCCAGGUGCUUUUGAUGGACUGCACACAGUAGAAGGCCAAUAUUACUUACAGCUAGAAAUGCUUAAAUAUAUGUGCACAUUACUGAAGUGUCAAACCACUGACCUGGAAAUGUGUGGAGAAGCUGUGGGGUCAGCUUUUACCAAGUUUGAGGACUUCUCUCUCAGUGGCACAUUCGGAAUGCAUCAUGUUUUCCCACAGAUCAUUCUAAGUGGGAGUCAGCCUGCCCCUGAAAGACAUUAUGAGAUUUCAAGAGAUGGACGCUUGAGGCGCCGAAGUGGAGCCCCUUUGCCUGCCUUAGUUAUGGCCCUGUAUGGAAGAGUGUUUGAGAAGGACCCUCCACGCUUAGGGCAGGGACCUGGGAAGUUCCAGUGAUCUCCUUUAGCAGGGCCUUUUUAGGAUCAGCCUGGCUAAGGGAAGAAGAAAAAAGAGAUCCGUUAGUGUCUGUUUAGAAGAGAUGUCAUAAACUUACAGAAACAAAUAGAAUAAACUUAAGCAGAUUUGAAAAGCAA